AUGCCGGGGCUCACCAUCGGCGACACCGUCCCCAACCUGGAGCUGGACUCCACCCACGGCAACAUCCGCAUCCACGACUACGUCGGCGACGGCUACGCCAUCAUCUUCUCCCACCCCGCCGACUUCACGCCGGUGUGCACGACCGAGAUGGCGGCGAUGGCGGGGUACGCCAAGGAGUUCGAGAAGCGUGGCGUGAAGCUGCUGGGCAUCUCGUGCGAUGACGUGGAGUCGCACAGGGAGUGGACCAAGGACAUUGAGGCGUACGGCGGCAGCAAGCACAAGGUGACGUAA